AGUUUUGCUUUUACCUUAUGAGGAAGCACCUUUUUUGGUGAUUCAUUUCGUCAUAACAAUUGAGCAAGAUCAUUCAGAGAGGAGGUUGUACUACAACUACGUAAAAAAGACACCUGCUUCUUCUACUUGAACAUUUUUUUACCUUCGAAUUUUACGACGUACGCAUCGAACCAAGAUAAGAGUAAGAUGCAUUUUUAGUGUUCUAGAGCCCACGUCUACGUCUUCAAAAACGACGGCAUAUAUCUUCCCUCACAAACUACUACUACUACACGAGAUCAUUCUUUUCCCGGUGCAACAACUGCUUUCGCACCUUCAAGCCCUACUUCUUCCAAACAGAACAAACUUCUUGGAGACCAACAAGACGAGGUGUAAAAAUACCAAAAUGCUCAGCCGAGGACAGGAGCAGAUGAGGAGGAGAACUGUUUUCUUCCAGCAUCUUCCUGUUGUACUCACUUGUUUGGGCAUCUGGACGGAGCAAAACUUCUGGGGAGUGUUUUGCAAGUCAGCGCCAGGGGGUCGACCGUAUGCUGAGCGAGGAAACAGACGACAUGACUUUGACGAUGAAGCAGGUGGACAUCUUCAAGUAGAUCUUCAAGGUCGGCGUGGCGCUUUGAUACCAUUACCGAUUGGUAAAGUAAAUAGAAAUAAUGCGAACCAGUGGCCGACGCCAAUGGGUGCAGGAGGGGCUUCGUCUUCAGAACGUGGAGGAGGAGGUGGUGGUCCUUUUUAUAUGUUCGGGUCGUCUGCUUCUGCCGCUGCCCCUACCGGUCCUUCGUCUAAACCCGGUCCUGCAGGAGGUGUGUCAACGACCGCGUACAAGGCAGUAUCAGAGUCGAGUGGGCCAUUUUUAGGUACUCCGAGACUGGAACUCGCGCCCGCCUUUCGACAGUAUGAUGAAUAUGUUGCCGGUUCAGCAGGAACGACAAUACCAAAUCCGAUGCCAGGAGGACCGGGAGUGCCACAGACAAAUACCAUAGCAGGGAGUACGACUACGACAAAUAGUACUCCACCUCCGAUGUACUUCUAUCCGCAGGCGGUUGGACCACCUGCUCCGCUAGGUGGUGGCGGAGCUCCCGGAUCGAGGUCUCCCGGAUCGUUUCAACAAGGGUUCUUGCCAUCUUCUGUAGCCAACAAAGGGUUCAUGCCAUCUUCUUCUGUAGGCGGUGUUCCAUAUUAUGAUCCUGCUCAUCAGUUGUAUCAACAAGGAUCCACAGGAGUGCUGCCACUGGAGGCAUCUACAUCGAUGAUGCGGAGUUGUCCACCAGCAAUGCCUCCACUCCAACCUCAACUCCCCACAUCGACGCCUACUCACUUGAUGGGCACCAGUAUGGCGCCUCAACAGUAUGGGUAUGCCAUCAUCAAUUUGGCAACUCUACAACAUUUAAUUUAAGGCUUGUUUUUCAUAAUAUUUAUCACUAUCCCAUGGAUGUGGAGUAUGCUGAGAGCUGCAGAGUGGAGUCUCCCUUGAUUUAAGGGGGAAAAUAACGGGAAGGCCGCAGGGCAUCUCACUCACACUCAACCAGGGAUAGCGAAAAACAAGCGUUAAGUAAUCAUGGGAGUCACUGCUUUACAACAACAUCAUGCGGCUCAGCAAAAUCAGCAUGAUGUUAAUCAAGGUGCAGCAUUUAGUAGUCAGAGUCCACCUGAACAAGUACAAGAAGAAGAGACUACUUCAUGUGAUACAGCAGAAUCAUCAAGAACUCCACACGCACAAACUGGGCAACGGCAGCCUCAGGUGCCAUAUAAAAUGCAAGAUUAUCAUGACUUCUGCAAGCAGGAGCAGCGAACUCAAGAGCACGCAAGAAGGCCUACAUCUGGUGCAGGUGUAGUAUCAUCAUCUCCACAGGAUAUCCAGUAUCAACAACAGGCCUCACAAGAACCAGCAGGGGAGACAUUAACCGAGCCUAAAUUUUGGCCUCCUACUGCAAGGGCGCAUGAGCAUACUGGAUGGCAACGUGGCGAUCCCGCUUGGCAUUUACAGGGAUCAAAGGCUCAUGUGCCGCUGCAAGGGACGAAAGUUUCUGGUGCUGGUGAAGAAGUGCAGUCGAGGAGGAAAGUUGAGUUAAGAGUGAAAAAAUUAGAAUCUCAAUCUACUUUUUCCUUAGAGGUCAUCAUCUUACAUCUUGAUCUUCUUCUUCAUGGUCAUGAUAUGAUGACGCCUGAUUAUGAUCAUAGAGCAGUGGUCUGAAUGUGAUUCCUCCAGUACUCUAAGUGAUUCCUCCAGUACUCUACUAACAGGAGACCUGGAAAAGCAAACCCGAAAGGAACAAUCCGAAGAGCAAAGAUUUCGGGAAGAUGGAGUAGCUACUUCCGAAUUCAAAUGGCACAUCAGUGCGGAUACCAGUCCAGGGCCAACAGACCGAGUUGUCUUGCAUCCACCAGAAGUGGCGAAUCUCCUACACUGCGAAGGUUGUACGAGCAUCAUGUUAGACCGUUUGAAAAAGGAUUCGGUAGAGCCGGAAGCCAUCAUGUGGGAUUUAAAUGCGAAUGGGUUUUAUGGUAUUUACUCACCUGAACAAAUGCAAAUGGCGUCUUCCUUCUCAGUAUAAGCAUCAUCCCGAGGAGCACCCGCAUGUGGGAUCUGUUUCUUUUCUUCAAAAAUAGUAAAACUAAAAGGAAAAGCAAUGAUUGAAUUUUAUUUUUAUAAUGGUUCUUGAGAAAAGGACAAAAACGGAAGACGAAAGUAAAAGUGUAGCCGUGAAAAGGAUCAUAUAGCGAUAAAAUAAUAGUAUAUAAAUAGAACAAGCUAGGCCUAGCACUAGAUAUAAAGCUUGAGGAUAAGAUACGGAUAUAGUUAGUCCUACUUCUCGCGCUGUGCACUAGUUUGGUGAACCGGUACCCUGGAGCGAAUUAGUGGGUGCACAUAGCGCGAGAACCGAGCACUUCUCUGAGGCACGCACUGGCUUCGGCCGCCAUAGAUGAGAAGACCUCCAGGGCAGAAGGACGAACGCGCGGCGCCUAAAAUAGACGGAUCCUAGUAUAAACGUGGCCACUAGAAUUUUAUUAGAUACUUGGAAUACCUGACUUUUUUGAUUUUUUGUUUGCUAGUUAGGAGUGCUCCACCGAUAU